UCACGCCAAAAUAUUCAAGAAAAAUGCCAGAAUAAUGCCACUAUGACUAACCCAUUUUGCGUCCACAGAGGUUACUAAUAUCUGUCUCUCAAGUUUUAACGUCUAGCAUGUAACGCAUCUGCAUACGGUUGACAUUUUUCUUACGCAGUCUUCUGGUACUUUACAGUGGGUAUAUCUGUUACUUCUCUUCGAGGCAAACACUUUUUUGAGGUUUCUUUUAAAUUCUUUAUAAUUUCUUUUGCUAAUUUUUUGCCUAGGUCUCUCCCAAGAAUUAAUAUGUUCUGGGAUGAUUUUGGAGGGUUGUCGUGUUCAGCAUUUAUAGGGAUUUGUAAGAAUAUUUUGCCCAAUUUUCAUAUGGGCAUGUGUUAAAUUCCCAGUGUGGUAGCUUGUUGUGUAAAGCAAAUUCUACAUGCUAUUUUUAGGAAAAUUGAGAAUUCGAUAUUUUCAAUAUUCAUUCUGGUUUCUUUUGAGUUUCGGAGGGUUUAAUGAUUUCGGCGAAAUAUAAUCCUAGUAUAGAAUUUCCCUAAAAAGUACAUUUUUCUUGGUUGGGGAGUUGCCAUCUAGGUAUCUGUGGAAGUUUAAUUACUUUUAGUGGAAAUGAUGAGUAAUAGUAGGAAUCAUGUGAAUAAUAAUCAUGAAGCUGGAGAGAAGAAACCAUCUACCAAUUCUAGAGGCGGCGGUGGAGGAGGAGCCACCACUUUUUCAGGGAAAUCAAUGUCAACCAGCGGCAGCGUGGGGUCCCCCUCGAGCCGGAGUGAGGCUGCAAUGGCAACUCCAGCAAGCGAUAACACAUUCCUUGGGUUAAACAAUCUUGAUAUCCAAGGUGAUGAUGACAGAUCUCAGGGGGCUAUGAGCAACAGGAAGAAGAAAAGAGGUCAACGUGCAGCUGAAGGGGAUAAGAGCGGUAGAGGGCUUCGUCAAUUUAGCAUGAAAGUUUGCGAGAAAGUGGAAAACAAAGGAAGAACUACUUACAAUGAGGUUGCAGAUGAACUUGUUGCUGAAUUUGCAGAUCCUAACAUUGGUGUUGGAUCUUCAGACCAGCAACAAUAUGAUGAGAAAAACAUUCGGCGAAGGGUGUAUGAUGCUCUAAACGUACUAAUGGCAAUGGAUAUAAUCUCCAAAGAUAAAAAGGAUAUACAGUGGAAGGGACUACCUCGCAGUAGCUUGAAUGACAUUGAAGAGCUCAAGACAGAAUGCCUUGGACUUAGUAAUCGGAUUGAAAAGAAAUCAGCUUAUUUGGAAGAGCUCGAGGAACAAUACGUAGGUCUUCAAAACCUCGUGCAACACAAUGAUCUAUUAUAUGGCUCAGGAAAUGCUCCUACUGGUGGUGUGGCCUUACCUUUUAUAUUGGUGCAGACUCGUCCUCAUGCAACAGUAGAGGUGGAAAUAUCAGAAGAUAUGCAGCUGGUUCAUUUUGAUUUCAAUAGCACCCCUUUUGAGAUACACGAUGACAAUUACGUUCUCAAGGCUAUGAAAUUUUGUGAAAAACAAAGAGGUGACGGUACAGAUCGUAUCCCUGCAAAUGGAGGUGAAAGCUCAAGCAUGGCUAAUUUGUACCAGCCUCAUCCAUCAAGAUCAAACAUACCGGGUAUGACUCCAACUUCGCCUCCCCUUCCUGGAAUAUUGAAGGCACGUGUUAAGUACGAGCAUUAGUUUUCUUGCUUCAAGCUCUAGCAUCUCAGAAUUGUUGUAUAUCAAUUGAAGAGGUAGUACUGGUUUCUCUUUGGCUUUGAGAAUCAUUGAGUAUGCUUCUAUAGACCACAAAUUAUAUGGUUUUCUAUGAAUCUAUUAUAGGGUUUUACAUAAUUGUGAUGCUUUUUAUAUUAUACGGCGUAGAAAAUGCUGUUUAAGCUGUAAGAAACCGUAUAGGAUACGUUGAGUCUAAUAGGAUCGUGGAAUUUAUUAUACGAGAUAGAUGGUCGGAAUUUAAUUUCA